GGGGAGGGGGGCCUUCAGUCGCUCAUCCGCUCGCCUCCCUAUUGACGUCACUCCGGUGUCACAUGAACGAGCAGCGACCAAUCGGCAGCGCGCAGCGGAGAAAGCUGGUUCUUCUCACCGAGAGACGGAGGAGGAACCAGCGGAACCGAGCCAGUCAGACCCCCACCAAGGAGCCAGGACACUCGGCCGCCAUUUGGAUUGGCCUCCCGCCUCCUGUGCGCGGUUCUCGCGGCGGAUCUUCGAAGCGGAGCGGCCGGAUCGGAGCAGGCCAUGGGCCGAACCGACUGAGACGCUCGGUGCGAGAGACGAGAGACGCUCGCCAGGGGGACGGGUUCGGCCCAUUGUGGGAGAAAAUGGUGGAUUAUUUACACGCGAUCAUAAAAAGCCUCGCUGAAAGUCGGCCGUGAAUCCAGCGCAGCAAGCUUCGCGACCGGAACCAGAACCCUCGGCCAGGCUGGAAGCCAUGGAUCUAAACGGCGGAGGUGGAAACGAGCUCCACAACAAGCAGUUCUACCCCAGCGAGGACAACAAGCCGCUGCUGGCGGAGAUGUCGGAGGGCAACAACAACAACGCGCGGGUGGCCGCGGGGCCGUGCAGGAGGAGCCUGCAUCACUGCAGCAGCGGGAUGCGAUACAAGCUGCUCCACGAGGGGGACAUCCAGGUGUGUGUGCUCAAGCACCCCCGCACCUUCCUCAGCAAGAUCCUCACCUCCAAGUUCCUGAGGCGGUGGGAGCCCCACCACCUCACCCUGACGGACAGCAGCCUCAGCUCGGCCACGCCCACCGGCUACAUGGAGACCUCGCUGUCCUACAGCGCCAUUGAGGACCUGCAGCUGCUGUCCUGGGACAACGCGCCCAAGUACUGCGUCCAGCUCAGCUUCCCGGGCGGAACCGUCCUGCUCCAGGCUGCCAACAGCUACCAGAGGGACCAGUGGUUUCACUCUCUGCAGUGGAAGAAAAAGAUCUACAAGUACCGGAAGGUCCUGAGUAACCCGAGCCGCUGGGACGUGGUCCUGAAGGAGAUCCGGGCUCUGGUGGACAUGGCCCUGACCUCCCCGCUGCAGGACGAGUCCAUCCACCAGGCACCGCUGCACAUCAUCUCCACCCUGCUGGCCGAGAACUCCAGCCUCAGCCCUCAGGACCACGAGAACAUCAUCGUGGCGAUCGCUCCACUCCUGGAGAACAACCACCCGCCCCCGGACCUAUGCGAGUUCUUCUGCAAGGUGAGUGUCGGGUGGCGGGUCCAGACGCGGGUGCAGACGGUUCAGCCGGUGCCUGUGUCGCAGCACUGCCGAGAGCGGCCGCGGUCCAUGGUGGUCAUCGAGGUCUUCACUCCUGUGGUCCAGAGAAUCCUCAAGCACAACAUGGACUUCGGCAAGUGCCCGCGCCUGCGCCUCUUCACGCAGGAGUACAUCCUGGCUCUCAACGAGCUCAACGCCGGCAUGGAGGUGGUGAAGAAGUUCGUCCACAGCAUGCACGGGCCCACGGGGCAGUGCCCUCACCCUCGGGUCCUACCCAACCUGGUGGCAGUGUGUCUGGCGGCCAUCUACUCCUGCUACGAGGAGUUCAUCAACAGCCGCGACAACUCCCCGAGCCUGAAGGAGAUCCGGAACGGCUGUCAGCAGCAGAACGAGCGGAAGCCUCCCAUGCCGCUGCGCCUGCUACGCCCGGAGCCCCCCACCCCGCCCCCUCUCUCGGUCAGCGCCACUCCUCCGCCGCCUCCCCCGGCCGUGGCCCCGCCCCCCUCCGUGGUCAACUCCAGCGAGAUCCUGGUGGAGUUGGAGCGCAACAACAACAACAAGAGGAAGUCUGGGCCCUCGGGCGGCGACGGCGAGCCCAACCUGAUCGACUGUCUGCUGGUCAGUCCGGCGGUCAACACGCUGUCCAUCCAGCUGCCCGCCCAGGCGGACCGCGUCCUCGGCUGCUUCGCCCUCAUCCUCAAGAUGCUGUCCGAUUACGAGGACUGGAGACCGGCGCUGGCCAGCUUGCUGCAGCCCAUCCCCUUCCCCAAGGAGGCUCUUGCUCACGCCAAGUUCACCAAGGAGCUGAAGUAUGUGAUCCAAAGGUUCGCCGAGGACCCCAGACAGGAGGUCCACUCCUGCCUCCUGAGUGUCCGCUCCGGGAAAGACGGCUGGUUCCAGCUCUACAGUCCAGGGGGCGUGGCCUGCGACGACGACGGCGAGCUCUUCGCGAGCAUGGUCCACAUCCUCAUGGGCUCCUGCUACAAGACCAAGAAGUUCCUUCUGUCCCUGGCUGAGAACAAGCUGGGCCCCUGCAUGCUGCUGGCGCUGAGAGGGAACCAGACCAUGGUGGAGAUCCUGUGUCUGAUGCUGGAGUACAACAUCAUCGAGAACAAGGACACUCAGCUGCAGAUCAUCUCCACUCUGGAGAGCAGCCAGACUGGACGUCUCAUGUACGAGCAGCUGUGCGACCGGCAGCGGGAGCUGAAGGAGCUGCAAAGGAAAGGAGGCCCCACCCGGCUGACGCUGCCCUCCAAGUCCACGGACGCCGACCUGGCCCGGCUGCUCAGCUCCGGCUCCUUCGGAAACCUGGAGAACCUGAGUCUGGCCUUCACCAACGUCACGAGUGCCUGUGCUGAGCAGCUGAUCAAGCUGCCCUCACUCAAGCAGCUGAACCUGUGGUCCACCCAGUUUGGGGACGCUGGGCUUCGGCUGUUGUCAGAACAUCUGGCCUGUCUGCAGGUGUUGAACCUCUGUGAGACUCCGGUGACUGAUGCUGGACUGCUGGCGCUCAGCUCCAUGAAGAGUCUGUGCAGUCUAAACAUGAACAGCACCAAGCUGACUGCAGACACAUACGAGGACCUAAAGGCCAAACUGCCAAACCUGAAGGAAGUUGAUGUUCGCUACACAGAGGCCUGGUGAUCCAGCUGCACCCACACACACACGCACACACACACACUCUCUCUCUCUGUCUCUCUCUCUCUCUCUCUCACACACACACAUACGUGCUACUGCUGGAUGACUGAAGAAGCCUCCUCCAUCUCUCUGGACUCCCGAGGCUGCGCUCUCCUCCUGUCUCCUGCUCUGUGGGGACCAUCGGCUGAGCAGAAGAACUGUCAUCUGUCCUCGCGUUCCCCCAACUUUGUGGAUCUGCCACCGGUGCGUGGCGUCCAGGACUGUUGGUCUCUGGCACCGCCCCGCUUUUCUACGUCUUGGUUCUGAUCCGACACCUCACUCGGAAGUGACGUGACCUUCCUGCAGCAAGCCAACUGAAGAGGGCGCCAUAUCUGUUCAGGGACCCUCCACAGCUGGCUCAGACGUUCCCCUGCCGCAGGCUCGGCCAGCGCCACCUGCUGGCUGUACUACACUCGGCUGGUUGUCGUUCCGUUUCUAUUUAUUGUGCCAUUACGGUUUGUGUGUGGCCUGAAGGCUCGGCUCGGCUCGGCUCGGACCGCGCGACCUCGUGCUCUUUCAUAUCCUGGACAUGUAAAUACAGGUGUACAUAGCCCCGCCCCUCACCUUGUGGCUGUUUGACACGGAGUUGCACUGUAAUCUCGGAACAUCCGGUUUCUGUUCUCCUGCUUCAGGUCGUCUGAAGUCGACAUGUUUAUUUUGCACGUUUGAGUCUCGUGUUUUCACUUCCGUCGGUUUGUUCUAGAAGUGCUGACUCAUGCUGAGGGACUGACACUGACUGAACCGAGACGCCGUCCAGCAGUGUGUGUGAGUGUGUGUGCGCGCGUGUGUGGCCGUACCGAGACUGAACCACACGCACUCACGCUUCCUGUUUCCUGUCACGUGACUGUUUCGGCGCUCGGGGACGAGACGGCACGCGCGUAAACUGCUCGUUCGGUCUUCCGUCAACUCUGCUGAGUCAUCGGAGUGACGUCACGCUCGAACCAGUUGACGCUUCAUGAAACUCAGAUUAGCCAAGAAGGAAGGAGAUCGAGGACGGUGACGUCACCGGAUGUUCACCUUCGUUGUUUUAAAGUCACUUCUCAUCUGGGUUCUCCUAGUGCAACAGCGGCCCCCAGCGGUGGACGCUGGCACUGCUGCUGCCACCCGGCCGAACCUCUGACGUCACUCGUGUCGCAGCAGGGUUGGGAAGGCGGGCAGUCACGUGACUGCGCCGCGUGGUUCCUGUGUGAACGCCAUCGAUCCUCUACUUAUUUAUUUGUGUUUGUUAGUCAACGGCGACUCUGAAUCGUGUUUACAAACGAGCGCUCUUUUUACAUCGAUCAUGUGACUGAGUUCCCGCGCGAUGAAUGUGAGUUCUUCUGUGGAGGACUCGUGCGGUCCCGUCGUGAUCCUGUGGAACGGUUGGUUUCCGGCUCGUCCACAACUGAUCCUCGCAGCUGACUUGUGAAAUCAUUUCAAAUAAAAAUCAACCGUCUGUGACUCGCUGUUGGUUCGCUGCCGCCCUCGGUCACGUGACUCGCGGAUUGGAGCGUGUUUCUGCCGCCACUGACCACAGCCGCUUCUGAACGCCGGACGAGCCGUGUUUGGCUGAGACCUUGGACCCUCUGCAGGUCAGCUGGAGACCCGCUCUGGAAGGACCUCACUGGGGUCUGUAAAGCUGCAUCACGUGAGAACUUACUUGGCCACUAGUUGGCGCAGUCGGACCCUGGAGUCUGAGGAGUCUCCGCCCCUGGACCUGAGCUCCAGGUGCGGACCAGCAUGGUUUCAUGCGUCACUGUGCUCCACUCUGGGUGGAUGAGCCACCCAGGUGUGCUCACCUGAAGAUGCCCCCCCCACACACACACACACACACACACACACACACUCGUGCUGCGUCUCAUCGAGGUUUACUUCACACGGCAGAGACACUGUGCUGUCAGACGUGAUCAGGAAUAAAUACUAAAACUAGGACCAGCGUGAACAGGCGGCGCAGCGCCGGUCAGGAGUAGCUCGUCUUCUUCUCCGGCAUCCUGCGACACACAGGGGUCAGAGGUCAGCGGGGCGCCACCUGAGCGGCAGGGAGCGCAAGCCUCACUUGAGCUUCUCGCUGGUGCUGUAAUGCCUCAGCAGCUGCUCCUGCCGCGCGCCGGAGCCUCGCGUCAGGCUGCCGUGGGAGCUGUAGAGCAGCGGCGCCAUGCUGGCCUCCGAGCU